AGCCAUCCAAUCCGAUCUCUCCAUUAUCGAUUUGACACCAAAAAAAAAAAUAGUCAAAAUAUAAUUUUCAGUUUUCCGGAAGGAUUCUGAGGGGUCGGAGGGACCUCACUGUUCUCCAUUCCAAAAUUCCAGUCUAAUUAUUUUUUAAAUCAAUAAUCUCGGGGUGAUUCAGUAUUUUCUCUUCCCAGGAGUUGAAAGAUUAAAAAUAAAACUCUGCAAAUUUUUUUUUAAGACUCCAGAGUUUUGAGGGGUCGAUCGAGACCCCCGAGAGUGGAAACCCAGGGAAGAAAUACCUCUUUUUAGGUUAUACGAUUUAAUUAUAAAAUCAGGGAGUUUCCGAAUUUUUCAGGGCAUCAUGGAGUACCUUGGAGAAGCCCUGACCCUAGGAUUCGACAGUUUAAUAUUUGGGAUAUGCCUGAAACAAUAUUUUCACUAUCGAAAUUCGAUGAAAGCUGUGAAGAAUGCAGAAAUUUACGACAUCGGUGAGAAUCUAAAAUUAAUAAUAAACGAUAGGCCAGAGAAAAAAAUAGAGUAUGUAGCACUGAGAGGUACAGUGGGAGCACUAGGAAAGCCCCUUUAUGGAGUGCAUGACAAAUCAAUCUCAGGAGUUGUCCAGAAGCUCUCGGUGAAGGAGCACGUUGUAGCGAGAACAACAGCUGGAUUCUGGUCUGAUCAAGAGAGAACAAUGCAGGAGAUCUACAACACAGUUCCCUUUGCCCUGAGACAGGGAAAACACAGUGUAGAAAUUCUGGAGCCCCUUUCUGCUGAAAUUCUGGACAUGGACGUCAUCUCCGACGAGUUCAAACCCAGUGCACCAACGAUAACAGAUCACAUCUGGGGAUUUUUUACUGGUGUACGCCAGAGAGGCCUUCAAUCAACCGAGGAGAUGCUGAGAGAGGGUGUGACAAUAACAGCUCUUGGUGAAAUCUCCAGCUCCCCAGAAUCUCCAGAAAAAUUAAUUCUCCAGCCACCACUCAACACUCCAUUUUAUCUAACAACGAUGUCAGUGAGUUCUCUUCUCCGGAAGCUCGACGAGCGUCGAAGAAUUUAUCGUUAUUUGUGCCUGAUGUUUGGGGCGAUUGGUCUAGUCAUCGGUGGAAUUGUUGUGAGACGUUACUGGAAGGAUCGAGAGGAGCAGAGGCUGUCUGAGCAACUGAGGAGAAGUCUCGCUGAGUCUCGAAAGGAGAGGAGACAGAGGGUGAGGGAGAAAGACCUCAGGGAGGAUCAGAUAUGCGUCGUGUGCCGAACAAAUCCCAGAGAAAUUAUUUUACUGCCGUGUGGACACGUCUGUCUCUGCGAGGACUGCUCCGAUGGCAUUGACACCGAUUGCCCAGUCUGCAGGGGACCUAUUGAGCUCAAAAAUGCUGCUUAUAUCGUUUGAAAAAAAUUUUUCCUUCAAAUUUUGUUAAAAUCAAUAAGAUAAUAAAAGAAUUAUUGUGAUUUGUUAAUGAGAGUUAUUACAGAGGUGAUAAUUAAAAUAGAGAAAUUAUU